UACAAAAUAAAUGUACUAAAUGAUAAUUAAUUUCUAAAUUAAUUUCGAUAGAACAAUUUUCAAACGUUAAAUAAACGUAUGCGCGGGUGACCUUGACUUUAUGACAGUUAGGAUCAGUGCAUUAGUCAUUUCAAGCUCUUCCUACAGAGCAUAUACUCAGUGCGUACAAUUUUGAGCUCCAUUAAGUGUUAUAAAUGCAUAUCGUGUAACUGGGUUUUCGACUACUGGGGGAGCGGCACCAAAGUCUCCGUAACAAACACUCAACCAUCUGCGCCACUGUCUCUCUUCGCCUUGGCUCAGUGCGGUUCUGAUUCUGAUGGCUUCCUCACUCUCGGCUGCAUGGCAAGAGGUGUCUCCCCCGCGGACUCACUUUCUUUCAAAUGGACCGAUCCUAAGGGGCAACCGGUGAAUGAUUUCGUGCAGUAUCCAGCAGUCGGACGGGACGGAGAUAACACCAAAAUCAGCCACCUGCGCGUGAAGAAAAGCGUCUGGGAUCCCAAUAACUCGUACAAAUGUUCUGUGGGUGAAAAGAAAAUUGACGUUGUUCCGGCAGCAAAUCGUGUCACUAAGCCCAGUAUCACUCUGCUGAGUAGAGCGGAUGGUGAUAAAAUCUUGAUAGAGUGCCAAGUGAAUAAUUAUUACCCUGACAAACUUACUGUACAGUGGCUUCGCAAUGAUCAGCCCAUCAGCACUUCUUUACCAAAUAAAAAGCUUCAGAAUGGUGAUGGGAAAGAGAAAACCUUUACUCUCAUAAGUCAGUUAGCUAUCAGUGUUCGGGAUCAGGGCACACUGUAUACUUGUAAAGCCACCCACAAUUCUGAGGAGAUCACACAAAACUAUAAUGUGUGCACGGACUUGGCCAAACCUUCGAUCCAUUUAAAGAAACCCCAUCUCAGAGACAUAAUGAAAGGAGGGGGAGUAACAACUACUUGUGUUGUUGAAGCACCGUACAACACAGAAGUGUCAUGGUUGGUAAACGGUGCAAGUAAACAAGCAACCAGACAAAGCAAAACAGACCUGUCCAACAGCAGAACACAGAUUGUAAGUAACCUGACUUUAACCAAAGAAGAUUGGUUGAGCCUUAGGACCCUUGUUUGUAAGGGAAAACAUCCAUGUGUCCAAGAAGAGAAAGCUGCAAUUGAGGCUGAAAAUAUCCUGAAAAAUCCUGUUGUGGUGAUCAGGAGGCCUUUCAGAAAAUCAGAAAGUGCUGUGUUGGAGUGUGUUGUACGAGAUCUUCCCUCUAUUGAGGUGUGCAUCACCUUACAGGCCAAUGGUGCUGAUAUCUCAGAGAUCAACUGUGUGGAUGUGACCCGAUCUGAAAACAUUCAGUCCCUGACCACAGACUUCACAAUACCCAAGGAGCACCACAAAAAAGACAAAACCUUUACCUGUACAGUUCGCAGUCUUUCCAAAAGUUGGACAUCAAAACCUACUGGAAACAUUUUCGAUGAUCCUACGGUAGCGCUCUCAGUUGUUCCCAGUGUGAGUGGAUCUAGUUCAAAUCCUGAGAAGCUAGUGUGUUCUGGGACAGGAUUUAACCCAAAGAUCACAUGGCUUCCAAACUAUGAAGCGAAAACUGGCCCAGUUGUCACAAUUGGGGAAGAUGGACGUGUGAAAGUGUACAGUGAGAUAUUGGUGUCACAACAAGAGUGGAAUCAAGGAAUUACAUUUACAUGUAAAAUCACCGAUCAGCUCUUUUCCAAAACUGUUUAUAAAAACAUCAACAUUUGUUCAGCACACACCUUUUCGGAACCUUUGAUUCUUGUGAAGAAACCCCAUCUCAGAGACAUAAUGAAAGGGGGGGGAGUAACAACUACUUGUGUUGUUGAAGCACCGUACAAGACAGAAGUGUCAUGGUUGGUAAACGGUGCAAGUAAACAAGCAACCAGACAAAACCAAAUAGACCUGUCCAGCAGCAGAAUACAGAUUGUAAGUAACCUGACUUUAACCAAAGAAGAUUGGUUGAGCCUUAGGACCCUUGUUUGUAAGGGAAAACAUCCAUGUGUCCAAGAAGAGAAAGCUGCAAUUGAGGCUGAAAAUAUCCUGAAAAAUCCUGUUGUGGUGAUCAGGAGGCCUUUCAGAAAAUCAGAAAGUGCUGUGUUGGAGUGUGUUGUACGAGAUCUUCCCUCUAUUGAGGUGUGCAUCACCUUACAGGCCAAUGGUGCUGAUAUCUCAGAGAUCAACUGUGUGGAUGUGACCCGAUCUGAAAACAUUCAGUCCCUGACCACAGACUUCACAAUACCCAAGGAGCACCACAAAAAAGACAAAACCUUUACCUGUACAGUUCGCAGUCUUUCCAAAAGUUGGACAUCAAAUCCUACUGGAAAUAUUUUCGAUGAUCCUACGGUAGCGCUCUCAGUUGUUCCCAGUGUGAGUGGAUCUAGUUCAAAUCCUGAGAAGCUAGUGUGUUCUGGGACAGGAUUUAACCCAAAGAUCACAUGGCUUCCAAAAUUUGAAGAGAAAACUGGCCCAGUUGUCACAGUUGGGGAAAAUGGGCGUGUUAAAGUGUACAGCGAGAUAUUGGUGUCACAACAAGAGUGGACUCAAGGAGUGACAUUUACAUGUAAAAUCACAGAUCAGCUAAUUGCCAAAACUAUUCAUAAAAACAUCAGUAUCUGUGCAGUGAAUGAAUGUAGCAGUCAGCUGGCAGAUGUCUACUUGCUGGGUCCCUCCCUCAGUGAUGUGAGAUCCGGGACUGACGUUAUCUUGACCUGCUUGGUUAUUGGUCACCGUGUCAAGGACUUCACCGUCCAAUGGAAAACGGACGGACGCAAUUCCAAUUCACAUCAUUACAUCCAACAUCCUCAAGAUCAUGCCAAUGGGACUCAAAGCGUCCAAAGUAUUUUGAAGGUUCCUGUCAGCACAUGGCAUGCGUAUAGUGUAUUCACCUGUGAAGUUAAACAUUUCUGCUCUGGAGACACACAGAAGAAGCACAUCUCAAAAACCAGAGACCCCAAACGGCCUACAGUGAGGAUCUUCAAACCCUCUGACAGUGAUCUCUCUGGAUCUCAAAAUAUCAGUCUUCUUUGCAUGAUCACUGGCUUCUUCCCAUCUGAAAUCUCAGUGCAUUGGCAACUGAACAAGGUGCAACUGGAUGCGUCUCGCUAUACUAACAGUCCUGUGGUUUCUCAUAUUGGAGCAGAGGGUUAUUCAAUAUAUAGCACCUUAAUACUACCUGCGUCACAGUGGAAGGAGGAGAUAUACUCUUGUAUUGUUUCUCACGAGUCAUCUCAAAAUCCAAUUAUGGAUACUUUGGAGAACUUGUAUGCUUCAUUGACCCACUCUGCUCCUACUGCAAGGCUGCUGCAGGGUUCAAAUGAGCUGGUGUGUCUGGCAUUUGGUUUUAGCCCAUCUGCCAUCAACAUCACCUGGCUGCUGGGCUUGACUGAGCUGUCUCACCAAAAGGUCACCAGCCCUGCAGAAGGUCCCGAUGGAAAGUUUAGCAUCCGAAGUCACCUGCAUUUACUACCUACAGAGUGGGCACCUGGAGAGGUGUACUCAUGCAGUGUUACUCAUAUUACUGGUAUCCUCUUGCUUAACAUCUCCAAGCCAGAAAUAUUUGAAGAGGCUAUUUUUAUGAAUGAAAACAAAGCCGAAUCUAUUGCACACGAGUCUCUCGAGGAAGCGUGGAAAAUGGCCUGUUCCUUCCUCGUUCUUUUCCUCUUAUCUCUCUUCUAUGGUUGCACAGUCACUCUGGUCAAAGUGAAGACGACAUGAGCGAGAGUGUCAUUUUUGUGUCAUUUUUUUCUUAAUUUGAUUAGGCUACUAUUUUGAUUAAAAUGAUGAUGAGUGUGUUUUAAGCUUUGCAAAAAAUAUAUAAUGACUUAAAUGUUAAAAUGAUCAAAUUCUGGUUGUCAAAUAAAACUGUACC